AAAAUGUUGUGUGAUCUUGAAUUCAAGGUUCUUGAUAUUUGAUAUCGGUUUUUCAAGGAUGCACAAUAUUUUGGUAUGCAUAUAUAUGUAUUCUCAUGUUAUAAAAUUUUCAUUUAAGAUUAAAACUUUACAAUUGCAUUUGACUGAUAUAGCACGAAAAACUCAACUAGUGUGCAUAUGAGCGCGUUAGUCGUUCGCGUUUAUUUUAAUGCAGAGUAAAGUUUUUCGCAGUCGAAAAUUAAUUAAUCGCGUGCGCGGAAAUCUCUAAUUGUGAAACGUGAUCGCAUUUAGCUGGGGUGUAUGGUAUGUGGCAUUAAAGCGCAUUUUCUAGUAAGUAAAAAUAGUUUCCACUAAUUUUUCAUUUUUUAAUCUUUAUUUAUUAUUCGUGUACCCAAAUAUCUGCAAUUUAAAUUAUAACUUUAUAGGUAUGACAUUUCAAAACUGGUUGUAUAGAAUUAUGGACACUCGUAAUAUUCAUUGGCUAAAUUCACAUUAACUUGCAAAAUUGUGACAUGCACAGAUUGCACAAUUAUGGUUACCUUGCCAAUUUUCCAACGUCCGCAUCGUUGCGACUUGAAUGUCCGCUCGGCUUUAUUACGAAGCGUCGACUCGGCAAUUUACAUUCAAACUUCGAACUGGCGUUGAUUAAAGAUCCAAAAUACUGAACGGAAAAGUUCGUGGGAUGUCGAAGUGCGAAGGGGAGCUCAAGAAUGUUGAGAUUCCGUACAUUUACUUCGAAGAUACCUUUCAAGAUGAUCAAUACCAAUCCGUGAAACUGAAAGGUGUCUCAAAUCAAUUGGAAAAGUGGCCGAACAAUGUCUUCAUUUCAUUCGUGAUAGCGUGUCUCGUCAUAAGUCUGAUGCUUUGUCCUUUUGUCAUGAUAAUAUUUCAAUCAUCCAGUGACCAUUGCUGUGAACAGAAGAUUUUCGAAGAUGAACAUCCGUUUAAUAUUUAUUUUGUGAAGGAAGCUUCGCAGCUUUGGUCCACAAGAGAUUUCUGCUACAUCGAAGCUGCAGCUAGAAAACAACCAGAACUGAAUAUACAUCUGAUCAACUUGAUGCGCACUUCCAAUGCAUUUAAUAUACCGGAAGUUCAUCUUGAAAUGGCACUGGCUACUCAAAACGCUAAUAUUCACGUUGAGAAUUUAUUGGUCGAUGAAUUUUUUAGCAAGUCAAGAUUAUCAAACAUUACAAAACAUUUGAGUAAUGAAUUAUUAUUAAUGGCAGCAAAGGCAUACUUACUCUGGAACUCUUCUGGUGUUGCAAUGCAUCCUAGUGCUUAUUGCAACUUGUCGACCAUUCAUAAAUGUCGAUGGAUUAAAGAGAGAAAUCAAGACUGCACGCUUAACAAAUCCAUUACGAUCGAUCUGAUGAACGAUUUGCAAGCAACACAAGUGCAUUGUCAAGCAUUUCUAGGAUUCUUUUUGCAAGAAAUAUCAAAAAAUGCCACUCAAAGUUUAAAGGAUGCAUUGGAUAAAUUUUGUCCAAGGAUUGAUAAUUGUCCCGAAGUACGAGUGCUUAAUUUAGAAUCACCUUGCUCGAUCGACGUUUUCGAUUGUCCUACUGUGUACACAAUUGAAAAUUCUUGGGCGCUUACAUUAUAAUUAAAGAAUCUGCUCGCAGAAACAUCAACGAGAAAGAUAUUUAUAAAAGUUUAAUUAAAAAACUUUUUAAUUAAAAAGCAUUAGGCUAUAAACUUUAUAUAUGCAAAAUGUUUAUAAUAAGAAAUACAGGUAAUAACUAAAAAUUUAUAUAUAAAAUUCCUUUGUUGUUUGUUUUGAUAUCUAUUAAUAAUGUUUAACAUGAUUUGAAGGUUCGAUGCUCGUAAAGCCACAAAACACUGAACCAUGUCCAUAUUUCCACAACUAAAGAUAAACAAUUUAAAGUACCAACGUCAUAUACAAGUCUUUAUUACGAAAAUAAAUUAAUGAUAAUAAAUUGAAUAAAGAAUAAAAGAAGAAAGCAUGAGUUAGAUAUAUAAAUUAGAAAUAGAAUUAUAAGAAAAAUGUUUGUAUUACAUUUCUUUGUAAGAUAAUGGAAGGAUAAUAAAAGAACACUUACGAAUCAGUGAAAGUAGUUCUGCAGCAUAAAGUAGCGCGAUUUGCAGUUGAAGAUAUUUGAAUAAGUACCAAAUUGUUAUAACCGCAAAGCAAGAAUCGCACACCAAUUCUCUCAGAAAAAGACUUAUUAGAGGCAAACUGAAUUGUGGUCGUUUCUAAAAUUAAUGUACCAUUAUUAAAGUGUGUAUGUGUGUAGUAUAACUUAAUGACACUUACUAAAAUAAUAGAAUAAAUAAGCAUGCCAACUGCAA